UCGUGAACGUAACGAGUUCCGUUCAACAUGGCGGCCCAGCGUAGGAAUUUGAUGCAGAGCCAGCAUCAAAGCUGGACAGAUGACCUGCCUCUGUGUCAGAUGUGUGGGGUCGGAGCAGCACCCAACUGUGUGUACGGCCCUGAUGGCAAAGGAACUCAGAGCCACCCCAACGAGGAUGGACAUCUCAGGUUCAGAGGUGACGAUGGCUGUUUCCUGUACGGGGUUUUUAAUGGUUACGAUGGCAGCAGAGUGGCCAACUUUGCUUCCCAGUGUCUGACAGCGGAACUGCUCCUGGGGCAGCUAAACUCCGGUCACACAGACAACGACGUCCGCAGGAUCCUCACACAGGCCUUUGAUGUGGUGGAGAAGAGCUACUUUGAAACCAUAGAUGAUGCUCUGGCUGAGAAGGCUAACCUGAGCAACUACCUCCUACCGCACAAUGAGAAUGUUCCGUUCCACCAGCUUUCUCCUCAGAGUCAAAAGGUGAUGGAGCGGCUGAAGGAGCUAGAGCAGGAGGUGUCAGGAGGCGCCACGGUUGCGGUGGCGCUCAUUCUCAAUAACAAGCUCUACAUUGCAAACGUUGGGACGAACCGAGUCCUGCUGUGCAAGUCCAGCAGUGACGGCCAGAACCAGGUGCUUCAGAUUGGCCGACCGCACAGUACUGACAACGAGGAUGAGCUGCAGAGACUGGCUGCACUGGGACUGGAUUCAGCUCGGAUACGACAAGCGGGCCAGAUAGCGGGACAGAGCAGCAGCAGAAGACUUGGAGACUACCGAGUCAAAUUUAACUACAACGAGAUUGACCUGCUCAGCGCGGCCAAGUCAAAGCCAGUUGUUGCGGAGCCAGAGAUUCACGGCGGCCAGUCUUUGGAAGGCGUCACAGGCUUCUUGUUGCUGAUGUCAGAGGGACUGAUAAAUGCCCUCGAGUCCGCCCAUGGUCCCGAACAGGCUAAUCAGGAAAUUGUUGCCAUGGUAGCAGCAGAGCUAGCCCAGCAGACCAGUCUGGAGGCGGUGGCUCAGUCUGUGGUUGAUCGGGUCAAGCGGCUUCACCACGAUGUGUUCGUGUCCGGCCGUCAGAGGGCGACUUACUGCUCUCGACACGAAGACAUGACCCUGCUCAUCCGCACGCUCAACUACCCACUGGCUGAUGCAGCGCUCACGCCCACGCAGGGCGGCCGUAUCUGUCCCGUGUCUGUGCCCUACUCAAACAGCCAGAGCACCAGUAAAACCAGUGUCACCCUCUCGCUGGUCAUGCCCUCACAAAGCACCCUGACCAAUGGAACCAACACGGCCUCAACCCUGGAGGAAGGCACCCCGACACCUGGCACGUUUCACCACACUACCUGCCAAGCUUCCGUCAACAUCCUACAGCCCAUAAUUGAACUCCCUCUUUCCCCUCUUUUUCCCCUCUCCCCUCUUCCCCCCCUUCCCUCCUCCACCUCCCUCCUUUCUCUUUCCACCAUGCCUCGUCCUCCUCGGCCUCUCCCUUCAUCCACCUCUCUCCUUUGUCUCUCCACUCGUGACAUGGACCUCUUCCCCUCCUCUUGGUGCUUCACAUCCUCCUCCUCCUCUAUUCCAACCCUCAUACCUGUGUCUUCCUCUUCCCUCAUCCUCUCCAACCACCCACCUUUCUCCUCCUCCUUCUGCUCCUCCACGCUCCCCAGCAGUCAGAGCCCCACAGCCACUCUGCAGUCCACCAACACCCAGACGCAGAGCUCCAGCUCCAGCUCAGGAGAUGGAAGCCUGUUCCGCCAGAGAGGGAGUCAAGCGGCGCAGCCUGACGAGACGGGCAGGGUCCCACCCUACGUGGACUUCAGUCAGUUUUACCGACUGUGGGGGAGCGACCAUGGCGAUGGCCAGAGCAUGCAGGGAGGCCUGGGACCGCAGUGAGACCCACUGGAGUUUCCAGCAAAGCUGGCACAUGGAUUUUUAAAGGGACAAAGAUUUAGGGACGUGAUGGGAUGUCUUAUAAUAUGCUGUUAAUAUAAUGUUACUACAUAUAAGUGACCUAAAGGUGCAUGGGGAUGAACUUCUCAACAGAAGUUGAAGACAAUGAAAUGCUGGGAAAACAUUGUCACUUCACUCCAAAUUGAUGUUUGGUCAUUUGUAAAAGACAAAGGUGAGUGAGUGAAUCCAUGUAAUCCAGAUUGACACAUUUAUUUUCAGAUGUAAAGGCACCAAAAGGGGAAUCUCAUGGACUGGGGAGCUUGUGGAACUGUGAGUUAUUAUAUACUGUAAGGCCUUAAAACUGAAUAAAUGAAUGCUUUAUAAAGUACUGUUUAAGUUGUAAUGACAGUAUAUCUCCAGAUUAAUUUCCAUCAGCUUUAAUUUUCCCAAAGAGUUCUUCAAUAAUUCAUUGCUUUGACGUCCUGACCUUCGUUAAAGACCUCAACGGUCUGUUUAUAUGGUUGUUAUGACAGCAACUAAUGCAACUAGCGGUCACACUGCAUCAUUGUGUUGUCAUUUCCACACAGCCCAGAGGUUUAUUCAGGGAUUGACAGUUUAGAAUAUAAACACAACAUGUACAGCAGGGCUUAUUAGGGAUUUACAACCAGCAACCAGCUGGGACUGAAGCUGGUAAUAAAUAACUUGCUUUAAAGUGGACCUAUGAUGCUUUUUAUCUACCACGAGUACUUAAAGUUGUGACGCUGUGUAAGAUGUAAAUAAAGAUGAAUGAAUUUGGAAAUGUCAUAGACCCAUAUUUUAUCACAAUAGAACACAGUAAAAAAUAUCAACAGUUUCAAAUGAAUAAAAUAAUUACCAUUUUAGAAAAAAUCUUAGCUCAAUUUGGAUUUGAUGGCAGGGCCAUGUUCACCACUGUGUAGCAUCUGUUCUUUUGACAGCAGACCCUAAGUUUUGGAAAACUGAGGAGAGCAGCUGGACUUCUGGCAGAGGAGUAUUGUCCCGUUCUUGUGUGAUGGAGGAUUCCAGCCCGGGUCUGCUUUGUUCUGUUUUUGUUUGAUCAUGUGCCACUUGAUUGCUGAUGAAAGGUCAGCACCCAAACUCAUCUACUACAAAGCCAUACCGUUCCAAUGGCUGCAGUUUUGCAUUGUCUUUCUGAACCACACUGUCCUUCCCUAAAAAAGAGGGUCUGGAUGGGACCAUAUGGUGCUCUAGAACUGAGCACUGGUAACAAGCUAGAUAUUGUAUCUGACCUCACAACAGUUUUCUGCUUGGCCUGAGUCCAUUUUAAAUGAGCUUUGGCCCAGAGAAGACAGCAGUGUUUCUGGAUCACGUUCACAUAUGGCUUCUCUGCAUGACCGAGCUUUAACCUGCAUUUGUGGGUGGCACAGUGAACUGUGUCCACAGGCAAUGACUUCUGGAAGUGUUCCUGAGCUCGUGCAGUUUUAAUGCAGUGCCGUCUGCUGGCCCAAAGAUCAGACAUUUGGUAUCGUUUUUGGCCUUGUCCCUUGCACACAGAGAUUUCUCCAGGUGUUCUGAUUCUUGUGAUGAUAUUAUGUACUAUAAAUCAUGAGAUACUAAAAAUCCUCACAGGUUGAGGAUCAUCUGAAAUUAUUUAACAAUUUGUUUCAUUUUUUUCUCAAGAUGAUACAAAUGCAGGUGAACCUCUGCCUCUCUAAGACUCUCUUUUUGUACCAAACCAUGUUUCCGACCUGUUGGCAAAUAACCAAAUUAGCUGUAAAAUAUUCCUCCAAGCUUUUUACUCUCACUUUAACAACUUUUGUUGCCCAACCUUUUUAACCUUUUUGCUGCAAUCAAAUUUAAACUAAGC